CCAACAAAAAUACACUCAUCCAGCGCAACCCACUUCCACCUUGAAGAAGACAAGACAACGGCAGCCGGCCACCACUGCCUGAUUCCGGCGACAGCUGUAAACAGGUCAGUGAAACAGAACAGAACCCUUCGUCUUUACUACUUUCUCCUGUCUCUUCUUUCCCAAACCGCAGUUCCAAUUCUUAUCGUUCAAUUCCAUUUACCAAAGUAAAACUAUAAUAAUUGGGCUGUUGAUAGAGAACGUCCGUCGCCGUCGUUGUAGUCCUUCAUAAACGAACCGUCGUGCCGACAACCGUAAGUGGGCCUGGAACAGGAAUCUGGGCUUUGCCCGGUUGCCAUAUUUGAAAAAGAGAGCGUAAAUAAACGCUCCACGUAGGGGUGUCCAUUCGGUUUACCCGAAACCGACCAGAUUAUAUACAUUUUUUGUUUUUACGGAUUCAAGUUCGUUUUGGGUUUCGGGUUUUUUGGUUUUGGGUUCGGUUUUGUUUAUCGAUUUUUCGGGUUCCGGCUAAAAACCUCAAAUGAAUAGAACUCAACCCGUAUUCUUAGGCGUUCGGAUUUGCGGUUUUGCUUUAACUAAAUCCGAUAAGGAAUUUUCGAUUUCGGGUAACCGGAACUCGCAAGUCCUUAUCGGGUUCGUGUUCGAUUUUAGUGGUUUUCGGUUUUGGAUUUCGGAUUUUUUCGGGUUUCGAUUCGAAUAACCGAACCCGACCCGAACUGAAUGAAAAAGUUACGGGUAACCGAAACCCACAAGUCCUUAUAGUGGAGCCACCACGUCAUGAAGGAGUUUGUUAGGGGAACAUAUGGGAAGGAAUGACGUAACGUAACCUUUUUCUAAUUGACUGCAUGAAAAAGUUGAGGUGUCAAUUUGUGGAUGAAACUUGAUUCGGCCGUUUACCCAUCUCAGCUCUAAUGAUGUGUAUAGUUUCUGCUGCGCUCUCGCUCGCUCGCUCGCCUUAUAUUCUGCCUCUUGCUAGCUAAUAUCUUCCGUCCAGGAAACACAAGAGUGGAACUGUGGAAGCGAAUUAAACAACAAAUUGAUCAUGGCGUCGUCGGAUCCUAACCCAGACCAGAAGCAACUAAAUGCAGGUGAUGUGAGAUUUGCGGCGAGCGAUGAGCAGAACUUGCUGCAGAAGCAUGUCAUGUUCUUCGACAGGAACCACGAUGGAAUCAUAUAUCCUUGGGAGACCUUCCAAGGUUUUCGGGCAAUUGGGUGUGGGUAUUUGUUAUCGGGAACGGCCGCCAUUUUCAUCAACCUUGGUCUUAGCAGCAAGACUCGCCCUGGGAGAUUUCCAUCUCUGUUGUUGCCUAUUGAGAUUAGGAACAUCCAAAGAGGUAAACAUGGGAGCGACUCUGGUGCCUACGACUCUCAAGGAAGGUUCGUGCCUGCAAAGUUCGAAGAGAUUUUCGCGAAGCACGCACUGUCACAUCCAAAUGCUUUGACAUCGGACGAACUCGGGGAGAUGCUGAAGCAGAACCGAGAACCUAAAAACUAUGCUGGAUGGUUGGGUAGUUAUUCGGAAUGGAAGAUACUGUUCCUUCUGGGCAAGGACGAGAACGGGUUGCUGCAGAAAGACACAGUGAGAUCUGUCUACGAUGGAAGCCUCUUUGAACGUAUGGAGAAAGAGAGGCAAUUAUCAUCCAAAAACAAGCCCUAAUAAUAACUUCACUAACCCUCU